AUGAACAAGUGGUUCGUCCAGCUCGUCGUCAAGGUCUUCCUUCUCGUAAGCACUGACGCUUUCGCGGCCCCACCCGAGGGCACGGUGUCCAAGCCGAGUGCCCCGGGCGUGAGCGGCAAGCGCGGCCUCAGGUCGACUGACGACGCUGCCGAUGAAGAACGGGCUGAUACGACCAAGUUCGCCCAAAAGUUAGAGACGGCGUUGUCCAAAACAAAACUUGGUCAAAAGGUCCAGGAGUCGAAACUAGCGAAAAUUAUGAAGAGAGAGGCGCUGGUGAAGAUUUUGGUCGAGAAGAAGGCCAGCUUCAAGACAUUGCACAGCAACAAGGUCACGCCGGGCGAGUUCUUGAAGGCGUCGGGUGUCAACAUGGCUGAGCUUCCGAAGGCAAACGCGGCUAUACUCGUCCAAAGUUUAAAACUUACAAGCGCUUCGUUGAAAGGCAAACGGUAUAAGGAGUUAUCCGUUGCAGACACGGAUGCACCCUCACAUUGA